AAAACCCCUAAGCCUUAGCUACCUUUGUAUUUUCAGUAGAUAUAGUUAUUUCGAUACCCUCACUACAAAUUGCAGUAUGAAUCAGUAGCCAUAACAGCAAAUCUAUACUGGCUAUACUAAUAGAGGAUCACAGUUCAGACUCGAUACCCCACCGACAUCUGGUAUAAUGCUGAGCAUUCUAUUUGUCUUCCUGGCGAUGGGUCAGCUCAUGGCGCCUGUGCUGGGGCAGUUCGUGAACUGCAGCCUCUCGACUGUGGAAUUGACUGCCUGUGGCAAGCUCAGUCCGAACGGAUGCUGUGCCAAGGGCUGCAUACGGAAUGCGGCGGGCAGAUGUGUGGCAGAGCAUUGUACUGGCAGCUGGGAUGGCUGGCUGCGACGACCUGUGACGAUGUCCUGUUACUUUCACUGGUUCCUGCUCAUCUUUGCCGCGUUUAUUAUCAUCCUUAUGUCGAGCGUCGUGCUGCUGAAUCUGGUAUUCGAGCUGAGGCUGUUUCUGGAGAAGCGACGUAUGCGCCGAUAUUUGCGGUUCAGUCCAAGGAGCAGCCCAAGCAGCAGCGUUGUAUGAAACUGUUGAAAGAAUCCAAAAUGGCAAAUGGCAACGGGAGGCAUUGGGGCAUCAAUCCAGAUCUUAAUGCACAUGCGUGUGACAUAAAAACUGUGCGGGAUUUGGCAUAAUCUACAAUACAUUAGCGCUAGCUUUGCUCUGGCUUUCAAUUCAAUUCGUUGGGUAUCUCAACGGAAUCCAUGUAAAUUACGAUUUGGCACCUUGCUGUUACACACACACACACACACACACGCACAAAUGCUGAGAACGAUGCCAAAGUCUCAGAAUCCCAUUACAUAGUAGUUAAAACCUGAUUAGGAAAUACUUGCGGCUGCUUUCAGCUCUGCCACACGCUUGGUUAAAACGAAAUAACAAUAAACGGCACAUGUGAAAUGGUUA